GGGCGAGAGUCGCGGAUCCGCUUGAUAUGUAAGAUCUGUAGCCUGGUUCGCGGAUGCAUAAUAUUCUCCGAUGUCGGGUGGAGGCAUGACAACACUAUAACGCUUCAUAUAACAACAAAUUCCGUCAUUAGACGGAUUUCCUCUCAGGACAACAGGUUGGCCCGUGCAUGGCGUCUGGCCAGACAGGUAGCUGCUAGCCAUGGAUUUAAUCCAAAUCACCCUCUCAGUGAGAGGAUCAACGUCCCCCGGCGAGCAGAUCGGGGUCGUCGGCAGCUGCGAGUCCUUGGGCGACUGGUGUUCGCAGAGAUCCGUGCCUCUUCAACCACAGGAGGAUGACGGAACUUUGUGGAAACGGACCAUCUACGUGCCAAAGGGCGUUGAAUGUAAAUACCGCUAUUUCAAAGGAUUCUUUCUGGAAUCAAAGAAUGCAGGUGAUCCAUGUCACGUGAUAGUCAAUAAGUGGGAGACGCACCAGCACCCGAGAACAGUGAACGCAGAAUCAGACCUGGUUAUUGACGAUGGACAGUUUGGCAUUUACAACGAGGUGGAGUGUGUGGACUCUGGCUGGCUGACUUGGCAGACGGAGAUCCGUCUGAGGCUGCACCAGUCUGAGAAGGCUCCGGUGUCCAUCACCAAGCGCAAAUUUAAGAAGUCCCGAUUCAGAUUGAAACUGCAUCUGGAGGGCUUUGAGGAAGAGGGGGAUGAGGAAGAGCAGAGUCCCACCUCCUGCAACAGGAUGGCGAGCACGCUGGAGAUGAGCAUGAUCAGCGACAGCGGCUACAAAUCACGGCACUCACAGCCGGACCACGGCUACGCCCUGGAGCCCUUGCUGUGGACCGAGUACAGCAUCCACACCAUGGACCCCGACAACCUGGAGCUCACCUUCGAGUUCUUUGAGGAGGACAUGGGGGAGCGGGUGCUUCAGAGCGAUGUUCUCCCCGGGCUGGUGGGCACGGCCUGCCUGCUGUCCUCCUCCUUCCUGGAGAGCGGCAGGAACACGGGCGUGGCCACGCUGCCCAUCAUGAGCCGCAACUUCCGCCAGACCAUCGGCAAAGUGCGAGUGGAUUACCUGGUGAUUCGGCCCAUUAACGGCCUGAUGUGUGACAUGCGCUCCUGCUUCACUAAAUACUGGAGGAAGAGGAGCGCGCUGGACGUGGGACACCGAGGAGCCGGCAGCUCCCUGCACGCUGCCAAACACACCAAAAUCAGGGAGAACACCAUCGUAUCCUUCAAGAGCGCUGCCAGUCAUGGGGCAGCGUAUGUGGAGUUUGAUGUCCACCUCUCCAAGGACUUUGUUCCCAUCGUGUAUCACGACCUUACCUGCUGUAUCUCAACCAAAAAGAAAAACGACAAACAUUCUCUGGAGCUGUUUGAGGUUCCUGUGAAAGAUCUUACAUUUGACCAGCUACAGCUUCUAAAGCUGGCCCACGUCACUGCCAUGAAGGUGAAUGACCAAGAUCCCCAGGAUGAAGAGGAGUACAUCGCGGAACACCAGCCCUUUCCCUCGCUCGACCAGAUUUUUCAGGCCGUUCCAGAAAACGUGGGAUUCAACAUUGAGCUGAAGUGGAUCACACGGCUGAAGGACGGGUCCUGGGAGGGGAAUUUGUCCACGUACUUCGACAUGAAUCUGUUCCUGGACAUCAUCCUGAAAUGUGUCCACCAGCACGCCGGCAAGCGAAGGAUCGUCUUCUCCUGCUUCGACCCGGAUGUGUGCUCCAUGGUGCGGCGGAAGCAGAACAGGUACCCCAUCCUGUUCCUGACUCAGGGGAUCUCCACCGUGUACCCUGAGCUCAUGGACAUCCGCUGCCAGACCACGCCCAUCGCCAUGAGCUUUGCACAGAGCGAGGACAUCCUAGGCAUCAGCGCGCACACGGAGGACCUGCUGAGGCACAUGGACUCCAUCAGCGAGGCGCACGCCAAGGGCCUGGUGGUGUUCUGCUGGGGCGACGACAACAACAACCACGAGACCCGCAGGACGCUGCGCGAGCACGACAUCGACGGGCUCAUCUACGACAGGAUCUGCGACGAGCAGGUGGAGCAGCCCAACAUCUUCAAAGUGGAGGAGCAGGUGUCCCUGCAGGAGAUGCUUCCGGAAGAGACGCUGAAGAGCUGCGCUUGCUCCAGCUUCAGCCUGUCCUGCUCCUCUCUCCCCUGCAAGGGGCGGGCGGGGGCAGGGGGGGCGGGGGCUGGCAGCGGGGAGUCUGACUCUGGGCUCAGCUCCUCCUGAACACCCCCACCUCCCCUACCCCCCCCCUCGCUCAGAAAGGAUGUUCCCUACGGAGAGAGAGAGGAACACUGUGCUGCAGAAUUUGAUUAGCUUUGCAUGACAUA